CCUGGCCUUUGUCGUUCAUCCGUCUCAUUAUCCUAGCCGUGAACCUCCCACCCCACACCUCUCCAAAGCUCAAAACUGCUCCGCCGGCCAAAUGGUCCCGCUUCGGCGCCUUCCGGCGCUGCCGCUAACGCGUGGCUCCACGCGCCGCCGCCUCCUCGCCACCGGGGCCUCACCGCUCCCAUGGCCGGGCCUUCACACCUGGCGCCGGGCCCCUCCCAGCGACCUCCGCUCGUGGGGCCCCAGCGGCCCCUGCGCCCCGAACACGGACGAGGCGGGCGCGCCAGAAGCCGGCGCCGGAGCCGGCCACGGCUCGUCGCUGGCCGAGAUGGGCGCCCUCGUGCUGUCCACCGCCGCCCCCCUCGGCAAGGCGCACCUCACCCACGCCGCCUUCUCCCGGUGGGCGGCAGGCGGGCUCCCCGUGGGCCUUGCGCGGGCCCCCGACCACCCCGCCAGGCCGGAAAAGCCCCUCGCGGUGACUCAGAAGGAGGUCCCCACGCACAAGGCGAUGGGGGUGCCGCUAAACGCGUACAUGCUCCACAACCUGGCGCACGUGGAGCUCAAUGCCAUCGACCUUGCCUGGGAUACUGUGGUGCGGUUCUCGCCGCUCCGGGACACCCUGGGAGAUGGCUUCUUUGCCGAUUUUGCGCGUGUGGCCGACGACGAGAGCCGGCAUUUUCGGUGGUAUUCACAGCGGCUUGCCGAGCUUGGGUUCAGAUAUGGCGAUAUGCCUGUCCACAAUCUUCUGUGGAGGGAGUGUGCAAAAUCCUCAAGUGAUGUUUCUGCACGGAUGGCUGUUAUACCUCUAGUACAGGAAGCUAGAGGCCUUGAUGCUGGACCAAGACUAGUCCAGAAGUUAAUUGGCUUUGCGGAUCAUAGAUCUGCCGACAUUGUGGCAAAAGUAGCAGAGGAAGAGCUUGCACAUGUUUCUGUAGGUUUAUAUUGGUUCCUGAAAGUAUGCGAAAUGAUGGGCCGUGUCCCUGGUGCUGCUUUUAGAGACUUGAUAAAGGAGCAUGAUGUUGUAAUGAGGGGUCCAUUUAAUUACCAAUCUCGUGAUGAAGCUGGUAUACCUCGAGAAUGGUACGAUGAGACGCUUAAACCUGAAGUUGCAAGCAACCUUUCAGAGGUGCAUGAUAGGCUAGCAUGUGUUGUUGAGAUGGAGAGAGAGAAUGCUAGUUUGAAUGGCUAAGUCUCACAUGACGAAUACAUGAGAGACUUGCUCAAACAUGGUGAUUCAGUUGCGUAUUUACUACUUUCAUGAAUGCUUAGGCUAGCUGUAGUGGCGUUUGCCAAGUUGCUGCCCCAAGGCAAAGCGGAUGCAGAAACGCCUCAGUUUUGCACAGUCCGCGCCCUGUACAGAAGUCAUCAAGUCAAGUCUCUUACCGGCUGGGGGCAUAAUUUGCUGCUGGGAGCGAGGUGCUGUUGGCCUGAGCUGCAAGAGCUGGAGAACGAUGGACAACAUAUGGUAACCAGUUCAUGUCAGUCACAGUUCAGGGGAAAGCCAAACGUUUCACGUUAUGUGAUGUAUCGGCGGACGUGUGUCACAGUUGACCACGAUGCUAUUUUUAAAUCAAUGAAUAUAAAAUGUGUUGAUCC